AUGCAUGACGACGAGAACGGAUCACAUGGUGAUGGGGCUGACGUAAUCCAUGAGGCACCUGUUGACUCUUCGGCACCUUUAGAAGAUGCUGACGUCAUCAACAUACAUGAUGACGUCACCGAAGUAGAGACACAACCAAUACAUUUAGAACUCUCUGAUGAGCACCGUGCCACUCGAACAAGAAGUCAACCAAUCCGAAAGUUAGAAUGGCUUUUCCUUUUGGCUUUCUUUUGUUGUUCCGUACCCCAAUUCUGUGAUGGUGAUGAAACAAUAACCGAGGGAGGUCCCACCCGCAAUCACCACCAUCACCACCGUCCACCGCCUACCGCCGGGGUCACAGAUUCUCUUGAAGACAUCGAAUUAUAUACCCUUUUGGCUUUGAAGGAAGGUGGCGUUUGA